GCCUCCACUACGCACCCUACCUCCCUUCGUCUUCUUCAUCAUCAUCAAUCUCUCUCUCUCUCUCUCUCUCUCUCUCUCUCUCUCUCUCUCUCUCUCAGGUACCUAAUCCCUUUCCCUAAUUAUUCUAAAACCACCACUAAUUCCGUCUCCUUUUUUACCGCCACAAUUUCCAACUUUACCGUCUCAGCCUCUCGGUUACUUCCGUCGCUCGUUUCGGUUUCCAAAGCCCUAGGAUUUCGAUUUUUGAUUGGAAUGAUAAGACUGUGUCGGCGCCAUCGGAGAUAACCAAUAGUUCGGCGUAAUGGCGAGUAGCGGCGCCGGCGACGAGGACGCCGAUGCGGUGCUGAGCGACGUGGAGACCGACGAUCCGGUCCCGAUCGUGAUCAAGACUCCCCCGCCGGAGCAAAUCUCUGCCGACCGGUUCCGCGAGCUCCUCGCCGAGCUGGAGCGCGAGCGGCAGGCGCGGGAGGCGGUGGAGAAUUCGAAGUCGGACCUGCAGGUUCAGUUCGGCCGGCUCAAGGCUCUGGCGCACGAGGCGAUCAAGAAGCGCGACGAGUGGGGGCGGCAGAGGGAUGAGGCGCUGCGAGAGAAGGAGGAGGCUCUGCAGCAGAAGGCGGAGCUGGCGAAGCAGUUAGACGACGUCGUUAAGGAGAGAGAUGGAUUGAGAGCUGAGAUUGGGAAUUCAACGCAUAUGCUCAUGUCUGGGAUUGAUAAGAUUGCAGGCAAGGUCAGGAGCUUCAAGAAUUUCGCGGCGGGGGGACUGCCGAAGUCGAGCAAGUACACCACCGGGCUGCAGGCGGUGGCUUACGGAGUUAUUAAGAGGACGAAUGAGAUUGUGGAGGAGCUUGUGAGGCAGAUUGAAGCCACUGCCAAGUCGAGGAACGAAACUAGGGAGCAGAUGGAUCAGAGGAACUACGAGAUUGCCAUCGAGAUUUCGCAGCUGGAGGCCACCAUUGGCGGUUUGAGAGAAGAGGUUGCGAAGAAGACGAGUAUGGUGGAGAGUUUGGAGAAGAGUGUGGCAGAGAGGAGUGGGAAAAUGUCGGAGAUUGAGAGGGAGGUGGAGGAUAAGUUGAGAAAGGCUGAGAGUGAGGCGGCAGAGUUGAGGCAGUUAGCUAGAGAGUAUGAUGAUAAGCUGAUGGGUUUGGACUCGAAAAUGGAAGAGCAGAGGCCGUUACUGGUUGAUCAGUUGAGUUUGGUAUCGAACAUUCAUGACCGGCUGUAUAAUAUUAUGAAGGUAGUUGAUGCCAACAAUUUGGACCAGUCGGAUUAUUCGGAAUCCCUGUUCCUCCCUCAAGAAACAGACAUGGAGGAGAACCUGCGUGCGUCUUUGGCCGGGAUGGAGUCUAUAUAUGAACUGACAAAGAUUGUUAUGGAAAAAUCAAGGGAUUUGGUUGAGGAAAAGAAUUAUGAGAUCAAGAGUUUGGAUGAAACAGCGACUCGGUUAGUGAAAGAAAAGGAACAAAUUGGAUCGUUGCUAAGGAGCAUUUUGUCAAAUAGGAUGACAUCAAAUCCAUCUUCUAAGACAAGGGAAUUGUUUCAAGUUGCAGAGAAUGGUUUGAGGGAGGCUGGGAUAGACUUUAAAUUUAGUAAGCAUAUGGAGGAUCGGAAAGUGGAUGUUGAGGCCGAGGAGGAUGAAAUAUACACAUUAGCUGGUGCUUUGGAGAAUAUUGUUAAGGUAUCUCAGCUGGAGAUUAUAGAGCUGCAGCAUUCUGUGGAAGAACUAAGGGCAGAGGUGAGUUUACUUAAACAGCAUUUAGAGGCCCAAGCUAAGGAGCUCGACCAUAGAAUGCAUAAAAUUGAGGAACUUGAAGAUAAGGAGAGACUAGCAAAUGAAAGUAUUGAAGGGCUAAUGAUGGAUAUUGCUGCUGCUGAAGAAGAAAUUACAAGAUGGAAAGUGGCAGCAGAGCAAGAAGCUGCUGCAGGCACAGGUGUAGAACAAGAGUUUGUGGCACAGUUAUCGGCACUUAAGCAGGAACUUGAAGAAGCAAAGCAGGCGAUUGUGGAGUCAGAUAAGAAGCUCAAGUUCAAAGAAGAGACAGCAGAUGCUGCCAUGGCAGCUAGAGAUGCUGCGGAGAAAUCCCUAAGAUUGGCAGACUCACGGGCAUCUAGGCUCCGAGAUAGAGUAGAGGAGCUAACCCGUCAACUUGAAGUAUUUGAAAACCGGGAAGACUUGAGGGGCCUGGGUGGACCUAGAUAUGUAUGUUGGCCCUGGCAGUGGCUUGGGCUGGACUUUGUAGGGUUCAGUCGCUCUGAUACUGAACAACAGAGUGGUUCAAAUGAAAUGGAGCUAGCUGAACCUCUUCUAUGAUUAACCCCCUUUUAUAGUUUUAUUUUGUGUAUUUACUGUGAUCUAUCAAAAUUAGAACAGUAAAGAAAUUACCAGCUUCUAACAGAUUUACUUGUCAAGGUUUCCCUUAACUGCAGUGAUAAAACUUUGUAAUCGAUUGAUGUCAUGUGGUGAGCACUUCUAGCCGAAGUAAAUUCAUCAUAAUGAUGCCUUCAGGGGAGUUUCCGCUAA